CUGCCAGUUGUUCUAUUUAUUUUUAUUUACCGACACGGUUUUCAGUUCUUAGAGGGCUGACUCUGAUUAGGUUCUGUUGAAUUGGAAUACCUUCCUGUAUCUAUAUCCCCAAAAUGCCUCACAAACGCGCAAUGUACCGAACCGGUGAUGCAAUUUGCGACGAAUUAUUAGGAUUGUUGGAAAAGUUCGCCAAUGAAACACUAGCAAAGCAAAAUCGGUUCCGCCUGGGAGUCUCGGGUGGCUCGCUGGCGGAUAUUCUUUGCGAAGGCAUGUACGAUCUCCGUUCCGACUUUAGCAAGUGGCAGAUAUUCUUUUGCGACGAGCGCAUCGUUCCGGAAGCCGACAAAGAGUCAACAUGGGGAAUCUACAAGCGACAACUCGUGGCGAAGCAUGACAACGUACCGGAGAGCAUAUUUUUCCCGGUCAAUUGUUCGCUCGAUGUGGAUGAGGCGGCCGCCGACUACGAGCGUACGAUCAGGAAAACGUUUGGUUUGGAAAAGUCCACCGAAGUGCCCUCGUUUGAUCUGUUGAUUUUGGGAAUUGGCCCCGACGGACACACGGCUUCCCUGUUCCCCGGUCAUCCGUUGUUGAAGGAGGAAAAGAAACUGAUCGCACCGAUUGACGACUCCCCGAAACCUCCACCGAAGCGAGUUACUAUGACGCUUCCACUAAUUAACAACGCCAAGGUGUGCCUGUUUGGUGCGCAAGGUCACGGAAAAGCAGAAAUUCUGAAGAGAAUCGUAGCGGAUAGAGACAAAUCUCUGCCGGCAACUCUCGUGGAUCCCCCGAACGGAUAUCUUAUUUUCGUAGCGUGCGACGAAGCGGCUUCGUUGAUCGAAGGGGAUCCUCUUAGAGGAUGCUAACUAGUUCCGGAGUGUUUCCUGGAAGAGCUUCGUGUUUUUACACUACUGCCUUUUUCUCAUCAAGGAAUAUUUCUCGGUCUUCAAUGGACAUACCUAUGAUUACAAUGCGUACAUUCCGCGAUAUAACGAUGUCGUGUGCCUUCCAUGGAGUUCUUUGAUGUUCAGUUUAAAAAAAAUGCAUUGAAGAUUGGUUAUCAGAAAGGAUUCUACUAAUUGGGAACCUUAAAUUUUAUCGUCAAAAGGUAGAGGAAGUUAAUGAAAUUUUAUUCAAACCACAACCAUUGUAGUCAGCUAGGACAGAUGCCCUCAAGGUUAUUAACAAUGUGAAGAGAUGGAUUGCACAAAGAGUUAGUUAUCUUUUCUAGCAGGCCUCGAUACUCUCCUGAACAUAUGUUUUAUUCUUGUUAUUUGAAUUCGUAAACCUCAUAAAUAAGGGUAGUGUGAACGGUUUUCUAGAUGGAAUUGCGGUCAAUUAUAAUACUAAUCCAUGGCAUUUAAAAAUUCAGUGAUUUUCCUUCUUAGUGCGUCCCGCACGGACGACAACGGUAGUAGAUUGGCUUUUAUUUUAUUAUAAUUUGUACAAUAAAUUAUAUUCAAUAUUUAAUAUAACAUGUAUCACAUAACAUA